AUGAGUGAUCCAAAAACAAAACUUCAAAAAUUUUUGUUUACAAAACAGAAAGAAAAACCUGAGCCACAGGAGGGCAAUAAUGAUGGCGUAAAAAGGAAAAUAGACGAGGAGUUGAUUACUAAUACCAAAAAAGGAGUUGGCCAGUUAAAAACAAUAAAUGAUAAUGUAACAUCAAGUAAUAUGAUAUCAAAACCAGAUAUUGGAUCUUUUGUGGGGAAAAGUAACUUAAAUGAUUUUAUUAAAAAAGCUAUACUUGAUAACCAUUGGUACCCACCAAAAAACUAUAUUUUUCCAUGUUCUGAACAACUUCGUGCAGGUAAAGUUAAACAUCGGUCCCCAUCAUUUAUGCAUUUGGAACAAUUUCAUUGGCUAGUUGUGUCUGAUAUAGCAAAAGGAUUGUUUUGUAAAUACUGUUUUUUAUUUGCACCUUCUUCAUCAUCCAACAACUGCCUUCAAAAUCUUGUUAUAAAACCACUUCUAAAAUUUUCCAAAUUAACUGGUAAAGACGGUAUUCUUAGUGUUCAUAAUACUAACAAAUAUCACAUAAAUGCUGUAAUAGCUGGAAAAGACUUUUUAAAAACGUAUUCUUGUUCCAAAAAUCAAGUUAUUAAUCAAAUUUUUACUCAAAGACAUGAACAAGUUAAAGAAAACCGUGAACGACUCCGACCUAUCAUUGAAACGUUAAUUUUUUGCGGACAACAGAAUAUACCAAUAAGAGGGCAUGGAGAUGAUGGUAUGCUUAUUGAUAUUGAUGAAUCUGUAAGUUCUCCUACUUCUAACGAAGGAAAUUUUAGAGAAUUGCUGCGUUAUAGAAUACGUUCUGGUGAUGUAAAUUUAAAAAAACAUUUGGAAAAUACUUCCUCUCGAGCCACAUAUAUAGGAAAGAAUAUUCAAAAUGAACUCUUAGACAGCAUUGGAAGUGUUAUUAAAUCUCAAAUUGUUAAAAAUGUUCAGAAUUCUACGGUCUAUUCAAUUUUAUUUGAUGAAACAACAGAUAUAUCUUGUAUUGAACAACUAAGCUUGACUUUAAGAUAUGUCAUUAAUAAUGAAAUACAUGAAGAAUUUAUAUGUUUUGUGGAUGCUUAUAGAUCUAUUAGAUCCAGUGCUCGACUUGGGGGGGGACGCAGGGGGACGGAGUCCCUUAACUAA